GCAGUGUCGUCUCGACCACGAUUACGACCACGACGACGAUCACAGCGACGACGGCGACGACGGCGACGACGACGACGACGACGACGACGACGGCAGCACCCAACACCGGCACCACACACCGGCGACGGCACGCAACGCGCGCACACAUACGUACACACGCGCGCAUAGACGCAGCAGACAUCGGAGAGUCGAGAGAGUGAAAAAAUUAUUAUUUAAAUUUUUUUUUUUUUUUUUUUUCAUCCAAACGAGUCGCGUAAGCGUUUUCAUUUUACGCACACACGCACGUAUAUAUAAACAUUUAUUAAUUUUUGUGCGUGUGCGUAUCUCUUCCUCGGAAACUACGACGACGAUAUAUUAUAGAGUCCACUGCCGACACCACCGCGGCGUCAAAAUAAUAAUUACACGCGCAUAUAGGCGUUCGCGCGCGUGCCACACUCGUUUUCCAUUCGGCUCGGUCGGUCACAGCCAGCCACUAGCCAGCCAACCAGCCAGCCGACCAGCCGACCAGCCAGUCAGUCAGUCAGUCAAUCUGCCGACCACCAGUGCUGGCGUGCACGACAGCUGUGGCCACGGGUGCAGUAUCGCGACGUCGACCUGAAGCAACGGGCGAAUAGCGAAUUAUCGGUUUGUUCGUGUGAAAAGUUCGCGAGCGGCGGCGGCGGCAGUGGCGGCGGUAGCGGUGCAUCGCCGAAAGGUGUAACACGGCGCGAUAUAUACCGCAUAUAUAUAUAUAUAGAUCGCGUGCACCACUGCGGCCUGCAUUCUCGAUUGGUGCUAUGUGUACGGCAAUACGCAUGGACUACUCGGAUCGGGUCGGACGGUUAAGACGGCAUUGGCUGCAGCACGUGGUGUCUUCCGGAUCGAUAGUUACGGCGGUGAUAAAAACGCGCCAGCACCAGCAACACCACCCGAUGCAUCAGUCGUUAUCGUGCAGUUGCUGAUAACAACGGAAAAAAUUGCAGUCGAAGAAUCAAAACUCAGUGGUAGCCACCCACUAUCACUCUCAAUCAAUGAUUGAUCGUUAGUAGCAAAAUAAACACACAAAACAGCAACAUUUUUGCGUCCGCUGCGAUAUUAUGCUAUAUACCUGUAGUCGGGUGCAGUGGCGACGGCGGCCUACUACGGUAGUGGCGGCUGUGUUGUUGGCACUCGCGGUAUUAACACCGCGGAUAUUGACAGCGCAAAAGCUAUUACAAGCACCAAUAAAAGGCGGAUUAACUCCUUCAGCUUCAUCACUUUCCCAAAAUAAUAUCAAUUAUUUUGCUGUAAACGAAGCUAAUUCACCGUUGGCUAUUUUGGAUUUGCUUGAAGCUACUAUGCAAAUAUACCACAAUUAUCAAAAUCAUUACAGCGGUAGUAAUAAAAGCGAUACUACUAGUUUUACAUUGGGAGUGUUACUCGUAGCUGUAUCAGAAGAUGAAUUUUCUAAUCCCUAUGUUUUUUCUCCUAACCGGUUGAGACCAGCAUACAGUAUGCAAGGUUCGUUGAGACAAUUAAAAGUUCCUGACAUUGUCUACAAACGUGCAAUUCAAUUGUUACGAGGUGCAGACGAGUUAACUAUAGCUGCAGUAGUACGGCAAGAACGUGCGAAUACUGGAUCUAUAGUAUCGUUCUCGCUCGACUCCAACAGAUAUUUGGAAUUAGAAUCGAGUGGACGUAAAGACGAGGUGAGAUUGCACUAUGUUUCUCAGAGUAGCCGUCGUGUUCAUACCGAAGUAUUUGCAUACGCUUUGGCUGAUGGCCAUUGGCAUGCUGUGGCCAUAACACUGAGCGGUACCCAAGCACGCCUGUUCAUAGACUGCCGGCUCAUAUACACGCGCACUUUGGCCGCCGGACCGGCCGACACUAGUUUUUUAGGAUCACCGGAUCUGUACAUAGGCCAACGCAAUAAAGGAGUACAUUCAAUUUUCAAGGGACUUUUACAAGACGUCCGAUUGAUUAGAGGAGCAGAUGGACAACGUGUGCAGUGCCCUAACCUGGAUACAUCAUGUCCAACGUGCGGCCAAUUCAUUGCCAUGCAAAAAACAAUGGAAAACUUGAACAAAAUUGUGCAUUUGUUAAGUGAUAAACUUGAAGCGGCCGAAACGAGAAUCGCCGAAUUAGAAACUUGCGAAUGUCGCAAACCAUGCGUACAAUAUGAUGAACGAAGUAAUAAUACGGUAAUGAAAAUUGACGGAUCAGUAUGGCAACAUGAAUGCGAAACUUGUACAUGUUUGCGAGGUCAAGUAGAAUGUUCACCACUUAGAUGUCCCCAAGUCAAUUGCAAAUUUCCAAUUAGAAAAUCUGGUGAAUGUUGCGAUACUUGUCAAAAAUCAUGCCGAACUAAAGGUAAUAUUCUACUUGAACACGGUGAAACUGUCAAUUUAGAACCAUGCUUGACCUGCAUUUGUCUCAAUGGAGUUGUCAAGUGUGAUAGAAUAGACGCACAAACUCAAUGUCCAGUCUUGGAAUGUGAUAUAUCAGAACAAUUUUCCGUACCCGAUCAAUGUUGCAAAUUUUGUCCAGGCGUCGAUUAUUGUGCACGAGGUGGACGUGACUCGUGUGAUCCGAACGCUAUUUGUAUCAAUCUAAAAACCACACACAAAUGUGCGUGCGCUGUUGGGUACGCUGGUACCGGUUUACAGUGUGAUGAUGUGGACGAAUGCUCGAGCGUCGGCGGCCAAAACGGACAUCACUGUGAUGCGAAUACGACGAUUUGCGUGAACACACCUGGAUCGUAUUCGUGCAAGUGUAACGCUGGAUAUGCACAUAUCAAUAGGUUUGAAUGUGUAGACAUCGACGAGUGCAGCAGCGCGGAACCACCAUGCCAUGUACACGCUGUUUGUGCUAAUUCGCCCGGCAGUUACAAUUGUAAGUGCGAGGACGGUUACGAAGGGGAUGGAUACACUUGCAGACCUAUAUGCCAGCAAAAGUGCUUGAAUGGCGGCGUAUGCACUCGGCCGAACGUGUGCUCGUGCCCAAACGCGUUUGAAGGGCCUGCUUGUGAGUUGGAUGUGGAUGAGUGCACCACCGGUGCACAUGGAUGUCUAGGCCCUUCGUCCCGUUGCGUCAAUAUGGCUGGAUGGUAUUAUUGUGCAUGCAGCCCAGGUUAUCAGAACGUGGUUAUGUAUCCUACUUCAGCCGACAUCGCUACCACAGCUACUAGUGACUUGAACGCCAUGACAUCGACCUGGUCGUCUUCGUUGGGCACAAUGUGUCAAGACAUCGACGAAUGUGCGAUUAAUAACCAUACAUGUCACUCAACGGCUACAUGUGUGAAUACCAUAGGUUCGUAUGAAUGCAAAUGCCCUACAACUAAUGCCAAUGCUGGUAACAUCUCUUCAAAAUGUAAAUCGAGCUGUUUGUAUAAAGACGGAGAUAAUGCAGUAACAGAAGUGAAUGAUGGUGCCUGGUUCAUUCCAAAAGAGUGUACUAAUUGCACGUGUACAAGUGGACGUUUACAUUGCGCAAAAAUUGAGUGCGAUUGCACAAAUAACGACCAUAUACAAUCGAUUUGUUGCGCCCAUUGUAACGCACAAGCGUCGUGUGUUCAUCAGGAAUUGACGAACGUAAGGUUUCGAAGUGGCCAACAAUGGAUAUACCAGUGUCAAACAUGCGAGUGUUUAAUGGGACAAGUAGAUUGCUGGCCAAUGCAGUGUCCACCGAUGUUGCCGGCAGGUGCGGGCAGCUGUAAGGACUCCACAGCAUCCACGUUUGCGGACUACAACAACCCGGUAGCUGAUUGUUGCGCACCGAGAUGUGAUUCUAAAUCCAUUUUGUCGACCUCAUCGGCGGCGACGACCACUACCGCAAUAACCGCUGCUGAUCCAUGUGUUCACCAACAGCAGCAACUUCAACAACUAGACCGGCACCGCGGUAGUGAAAUAAUCGACGACGGCGGCAGCGGCGGUGGAGAAUACCACAGCAACAACAACGACAAGGGCGUCAAUAACGGCAAAAACAAUGACGACUACGACAACGGCGGCGACGGAUACGACAACAGAAAUAACAACAGCACAACGCCGCCGACCGCGGGCCAACCGUGUUUUUAUGGCGAACGAGCCUAUCAGUCGGGAGCCCGUUGGGAUGAUCCGGUGGAUAUGUGCACGACGUGCGAUUGUAAGGUGCCGCCAUACUGCGCCCAAUCGGACGGAGUACUAUGUUGUUCUUACAACAUGCAUCACUGCAAUAAUAGUGCUCUUGCCGGUGCAUCAAAUCAAUCAUCAAGUACAGAUGUCAACUAUAAUAUGUCUACUUAUCAGUCUCAUCAUAUUUCUAACGAAAACAUUAGUAGUCAAUCUACCGAUACGAAAUUACAGCAAGAUGUUGUUAAACGAAGUCUUAGGCGUCGAAGGCAAGCAAAAAUGGUUAACAAUGAUGGCAAUAAUAAUAGGGAUUCUGUCAAUAUUAAUUUUCUUGAGUAUAGUGAUAAUAACAAUAAUAGCUUUAACAAAAAAGACUGGUGGUGGAGGAAAACAAGACGGCGAAAAAGAAGAAGGACUCAAAAUACGAGUAGCCGUCAGAACCAAAUUAAUAGUAUUAGUAGUGAAAAACAUUUUAACAGUAAUAAUAAGUUUAUCAAUAAUUUUGGCAUUAAUAGUAAAAAUGAAGACAAUAAUAUUAAUAAUAAUAAUGAUAACCACCACGAUAGAAUUGUUGUAAAGACUGCUGUUGUAACUUAAAGUAGAUUUUAUUUAUUGUGUUUGAUGAGUGAUGACGAGUCGAGAGAAAAGAUAACUGCAAGCAACACCGGCGGCGACAAUAUUAAAUUUAAUUUAAAUAACACAUUUUAAGUAUUUAUUAAGAAUAGAAAACCAAAUUUACUAAACAUAGGUAACAUAAGAUAGGUAGAUAACACAAUAAUAUGUUACCUAAUUUCUUGAUUUUAAUUUUAAAAUCAAUUUUAUACUUGUUAAAAAUCGUUGCCACCGCUGUUUGCUAUUUCCGCUGUGAUAAUAUAUAAUACAAAUAAUUUUAAUGCUAUUAGUAUAAUAUGUAUAAUGUAUACAAUAUAUACAUAUUAUCAUAUAUUACAUGUAUAAUGUAUAUAUAUGUAUAUAUAAAAUACAUUAUAGACAAACAGCCUAUAUCUCCCCUCCCCUCCUCUCCGCUAUCUAUUUGUUAUAUUUUGUAAUUUUAAAAAUGUACUAUUAUAAUUAUUAAUUAUUAGAUAAGUUUUAUUAUUAUUUAUUUAUUUAUUUAUUUAUUUAUUUAUUUUUGAUUGAAUUACUAAUAAAUUAGAUAAUCAGCUGUGCAGGGUGUAUUCAACAAACGAUAAUAAUAUUAUAUAAUAAUUAUUAUAAAUCUAUAUAAUCUUGCAAAUUGUUGAAGUGUUGGCUUUGUUGGUAUUAAGAAAUAUACUACUAUUAUUAGAAAUUUAUUAUGUUAUGAAUAAUGUUCAUUUUGAACUAAAAUACAAGACUGCUGGUCAAAAAAUGUAAAAUAUAGACGCGUUUAAAAUAUAGAUGAAUAUAAUAUAUACAAUAAUAAUAAGUGUGUGUAUUAUAAUUAAUAUUUAAAUUAUUUAAAAUAAUUAAUAUACCAACACCGCCGCACUAACGAAUGCUCUUUUCCUAUAAAUUUAAUUGGCAGCAGACAAUAAAAAUAUUAAACGAUGAUAAUAAUAAUUAUACAUAUUAAAUA